UCACAGCUGCCUGGUGUGUGGUGUGGGGUAUGUGUGUGUGCGCGCACACACAUGUGUAUGUGUGUGUGUGUGUGUGUGUGUGUUUGCGUGUACAUCCCUUCCAGACUGAACGAAGCCUUGCCUUGACCCCUCUGUCUCUAUGUCCUCCAUACCUUUGUUCUGGGAACUGGUAAGCUUAGAUACUCCCUCCUCAAAUGGGCACUGGGAGCUUCUCAUCCAGAUUUACCACAGUGGGUGUCAAAUGGAGAGAGGAGUUUUUCAGUUUCUUCUCUUGAUCUAGGAAGUCUCUCCUAGUGUCUGGCUUCAGGCCCUCUUGCUACUGCAGGAUUCUCCCAAAUCUGUCCACUCCCAGCUACACUUACUUGCCUGGCUGGACAAUAAGAAGAGGCAGAAGGGUGUGCCCUCAGCCCUGUCCCCCAGACACCCAGGCCUGCCCCUUCCCAGAGCUGCCAUCCCCAUAAGCGUCUCUGAGCACGUGGCCCUCUGGAGCCUGGCUGGCCGCCUCCCUCCAGUGUGGGUGUUUGCACUUGAACACCUCCCUUCUGCCUGCCCACCGCCCCCUCCUCCAGCCUCAGCUGUGGCCAGCCCCCUCCCCCUCCUGUCCCCUGCUGCCUCCCUGCAGCCUCUCUCCCUCCUGGCAGAGCCUUCAGCCCAGCCUGCUCCUAGCUGUCCAGGGCGCCUCAGCAGCAGCUUCCCUCCCUCCUUUCCUCCCUAGCUGCCUCCACCCUUCUCCUGCCCUCCUUCCCCUUUCACCCCCAUCCCCUGCCCUGGACUCUGCAAAUAUGAGGGGCUUGGCCUGCCUUCUUGCAAUGCUGGUGGGGAUCCAGGCUCUAGAGCGACUCCGCCUGGCUGAUGGCCCUCAUGGCUGUGCAGGACGUCUGGAGGUCUGGUACAGCGGGCGCUGGGGCACCGUCUGCGAUGAUGGAUGGGACCUUCGGGAUGCUGCAGUGGCUUGCCGUGUAUUGGGCUGCGGAGGGGCGCUGGCCGCCCCUGGGGGUGCCUUCUUUGGGGAGGGCACUGGGCCCGUGUGGCUCAGUGAGCUGAACUGUCGGGGCACUGAGGGACAGCUGGGUAUCUGUCCCCACCGGGGCUGGAAGGCCCAUAUCUGCUCUCACGAGGAGGAUGCAGGCGUCGUCUGUGUAGGUCAGCGUGCAGCUGACUCUAGAGAAAACUCAAUGUCCCCGCUGGAUGGGGAUCCAUGGCUGGCACUGUCUCGGGAGCUGAGCCCAAGCUCAGAGGGGCCCCCUAUAACUCAUGCUCCCCAAUCACCAGCAAGCUCCCAGAAUGGCCCCCGAAAGAAGAGCCCCCGGCCACCCAAGCAGGCGAAGUCCACCAGAGCCCCGGUACUGACAAAUGGAGCUCCCCGCCAAGAGCGGCUGCGUCUGGUCUCGGGUCCCCAUGGAUGUGCUGGCCGCCUGGAAGUCUGGCACGGUGGACGUUGGGGCACUGUCUGCGAUGAUGGAUGGGACCUCCGAGAUGCAACUGUGGCUUGUAGGGAGCUGGGAUGUGGGGGAGCACUGGCCGCACCUGGGGGUGCCAGAUUUGGACCUGGUGAGGGACCCGUGUGGAUGGACGAUGUGGGGUGUGGAGGAGGAGAGGAAGCCCUCCGGGACUGUCCCCGAAGCCCCUGGGGCCGGAGCAACUGUGACCACACUGAGGAUGCAGGGCUGGUCUGCACUGGUCCUGCACCUAGGCUGCGCCUUGCUGAUGGUCCCCACGGCUGUGCUGGCCGCCUGGAGGUUUGGCAUGGCGGACGCUGGGGGUCUGUGUGUGACGAUGCUUGGGACCUCCGAGAUGCUGCUGUGGCCUGCAGGGAGCUGGGCUGCGGGGGUGCCCUGGCCGCCCCAGGGGGUGCCUUCUUUGGAGAGGGGUCUGGACCCAUCGUCCUGGAUGAUCUCAGAUGUCGGGGAAAUGAGACAGCCUUGCGAUUCUGCCCUGCGAGGCCCUGGGGUCAGCAUGACUGUCACCAUCGGGAGGAUGCCGGGGCCGUGUGUGACGGCAUGCCUCUCAGCGCCGUGCAGCCUACAGCUCCCACAGUGGACAGCAACGGCACAACACCCAGGCUUCUGUCUACCUCAGUGGGUCAGAUGCCAGGCCCAGCAGGCAGCUGGCCUCCUCCUGCUUCUCCUACUGCCCCUCCAGAGCCUGGGCCUGAAGCUGGGUCCCCUCAGUUGCGCCUGGUGGCUGGACCCAGCAGGUGCUCUGGUCGGCUGGAGGUAUGGCAUGAUGGACGCUGGGGGACAGUAUGUGAUGACAGCUGGGACUUGAGAGACUCCGCUGUGGUCUGCCGGGAGCUGGGCUGUGGGGGCCCUCGGCAACCAGACCCUGCAGCAGGCCGCUUUGGCUGGGGCGCAGGCCCCAUCUGGCUGGAUGAUGUAGGUUGUGUGGGGACGGAGGCUUCACUGUCAGAAUGCCCUGCUGCUUCCUGGGGGAAACACAAUUGUGCCCACAAUGAAGAUGUCGGGGUCACCUGCACUGGGACCCCCGGCCUGGAUACCAUCUCGGACCCUUUCAGUUGGAGCUGGCUCCCUGGGCUGGGUAGAGAUCAGGACGCCUGGCUCCCAGGAGAGCGGGCCACCAAGCCUUCUGCCAGUCUUACCUCCAGCGUGCUACAGAAAACCACAAAGGCUCCAGGGAAAGUGCCCAAGAGUACCAAGAAGUGGGUGACUAAAAAUGCAAAGAGACCAACCACUCAGCCCCCUGGGAUGCCAACCACUAAACGCUCCAGGGUCCCAGGCACCCCAACCUCCCUAAAUCCAACCCCACAUACCUCUGAGUUACCAAAGAGACUGACUGCUGAGGCUCCCCACAGACAGACCUCACAUACGACUUUAAGGCUGACCUCUAAAGUCCCCUGGGAGUGGACCUCAGGGACUGUGGCACCAAUGUCCACUAAAGCCCCACAAGAAGUGACCUCUGAGGCCACCACCACUCAAACCCCUCAGACCUCCUUGGAGCCAUCUGGUGAGAACCCAGAAGGCUCUCUGGAAUCGUCCCAAGAUCCAGCUGCCACCCCAACUGCUGGAGUCCCUGUGCCAUCGGGUCCCUUCCGGGUUCGUCUGGCUGAUGGGCCCAACAGGUGUGCUGGCCGGCUAGAGGUAUGGCAUGCCGGACUCUGGGGGACAGUCUGUGAUGACAGCUGGGACCUCCGGGAUGCCACAGUGGCCUGCUGGGAACUGGGUUGCGGAAAGGUCCGGCCCCGAGUAGGCAAAACCCACUAUGGCCCCGGCACUGGGCCCAUCUGGUUGGAUGACAUGGGCUGUAAGGGGAGUGAGACAUCACUGAGUGACUGCCCCUCAGGGACAUGGGGGAAGCACAACUGUGACCACGAAGAAGACGUGGUGCUCACCUGCACUGGCUACACGGGUGAUGACGAUUAUCCUUCCUGGACCUGGGACCCCACUUCCGGAGAGGACCUGACCCAAGGGACCACAGUGGCUGCGCGGCCUGGACAUACACUUUCCUGGGCUCCCACUACAAACCCUGAAGUUCUCUCUCCAGCAACACAGAGCCUUCCAGACACAGAUGACCAGGGUAGUCGUGAGCUCUCCAGGACAUGGGCUACACCCCCAGGAAGGGAUCUGUCCAAAGGAACCCCCACCACAACCAAACCUGGAUCCACAGUUACCACUGGCACCAGCAAGAGUUCAGGCCACCCCUUUCCAGCCCCAAGAGCCCGUGCAGACACAGGUUCACCAAGAAAGCCAAAACCUGAGCACCGGCCGCUGCGGCCCACCUCAGCCAGGACAGCACACACCACCUCAUUCCCUGCCUCCUCCACUUCACCAGAGCCUUCUGGCUCACUGCAGACCUCUGGCUCCUGGCCACAACUCAUCCCAGACUCGGCUUCAAAGCAGGAGGGGACAUCUAGCCCUCCCAAAACAUCGCCACCCACCCAAGGACUUCCCUCCUCAACAAACUUCGCCUUGUCCACUCCCGAUGCCAGUUUGCUUCCAACGCAUACCCCAGAGCUUUCAGGCAGCCCAAUAUCCACUUCCCCUGAAGGGCUAACCUCUAACUCCUCCAUGCUAUCAGAAGUGAGCAGCAGCCUUUCUCCUACCUCAGAGCUGAACCCAGGAUCCAACACAACACCGGACCCGGGCACAGCACCCAAAAUAAUCCCAGAAAGUCCCGACUCCUCAAACCUCCCCAUGAGCCCCAGGACCCCCACACAGCCAUUCACAGCCUCUCACCAUACCAGCAUCCCUCCUCCCACCACAACCCCUCAUCCUCGCACCCCCUCUUACCACACCAGCACCCCUCACCCCACCACCAUCCCUCAACUCAACACGACUUCCUACCCCACCGUGGUCCCUCAGCCUACCAGAAAGGCUCAGUAUCCCAGGAGCCCUGACCCCACCAUGAGUCCUCACCCUCCCUCAGCCCCUGCCGCCCCUACAGAGUCCCUUGCAGCCUCCCCAGAGACAAAAUUUUCCUCUCCCACUGUACAACCGAGGGUCAAGCUUAGCCUACACCCUGAGCUGACCUUGGUGGGAGCCCCGCCCACAGGCACAUCCCAGAUACAGAACCUAGAGCUCUCUCUGGCCCCAGAAUCUGGCCCCUCCAGGCCCUCUCCAGCCCCAAGCAUAGACCCAUUACCCACAGAAGUCUUCAAACCACCCAGAAGCCAGACCUUACACUCAGCUUCAGACCCCAUGGUGACCCCUGACCUUCCCAUCUCCUCUGUGGCCUACCCAUCUGACCAACCUCCUCCAGACCGCCUCACUCAAGGGCCCACCCCUAAUCACAGCCCAGAUCCCUUUGGGCCAUGCGUGUCCCCAGUGCCACCUGUAAGGGUCAUGGCUUGUGAGCCACCUGCCUUGGUGGAGCUGGUGACUGCAGUCAGGGAGGUGGGUGACCAGCUGCAGAGGUUGACCCGGGUCCUGGAGCAGGACCGGCAGGAGCGCCAAGUCCUGGAGCUGGGCCUUGUCCGGUUGGUAGAGGCUGCCCAGGGGUUGGGGCAGCUGAGUGAGACUGUAAAGAGGCUAGCGGAGGUGGCCUGGCCCCCCAGCACACCUGUGCCCACGGCCACCACCACAGAGGAGGACAGGCCUCUGAGGGGAGAUGUGUGACCCAUUCUGAAAUUCGCAGUGCUUAAGAUACCCUCAGACAAACAAACAAAAGACAAAGUAUCUACAA